UCCAGGUAUUGACACUCAAAGAACAUAAGCAGCACAACAUUGUAUCAGAUUUCUCUUCAGGCUUUAGAAAAUUUCCUCAAAGGCUGCUCUCUGUUAGAUCCUCCUCUGUGGUGCUCCAGCAAGGAAGUAGUUUCUGACAUGAAUAUUCUGCUUUUGAUGAUACACGUUCUAGGUAUAACCUCUGCUUCUCCAAUUAAAAGGAGUGCCAAUCUAUCUGGAAGUGAAUAUGAGGCAAACACUGCCAGUUUUAAUGUCAUUGACACAGACGAAGAAGUCUUAAGCAACAGCUCUGAGCAUGAUGUGGGGAACAAACAAAAUGGUGAGAACAGAAACUAUGGGCACCUGGAGGAAACAAAAUUAAUUAAUUUUACAAGUGGACUGGAUCAGACUGAAGAGGUGUCUACCAUUGAUAGCAAUAUCCAAGGCACUCAUAAGGAUAAAUCUAAUAAUCAGCUAAACCAAAAGGACACUAGUCUCCAGAAGAGCAAUGAUGCUGCUGAGAACAAUAUCCAGGGAACACAAAGUGUUGAUGAUAAUGUUGAACUCCAAAGAGGAAAAGGCAUUAACAGUCCUUACAUAGACCCACAUGUUAGCAGAAAUGGCACUGAACAAAAUCAUUCUGAACAGCUGAACUGGAAAAAUGUAGGGCAUGAUUCAGCUUUGGAAGAAGAGGAGUUCGUGCCUCAGGAAACGGUGUUCUCUUCUGAAAAGCAAGAUAUGGUAGAGCCCCACAUUACCAGCCACUUUAAUAUAGAGAGACAAGACAAUGAAAUACAUAAAGGCCAUCUUCAUUUUGACACCUAUUAUUUUAGUCACGAAGCCAUGCAAGAGGAGGAUGCAGGUAAUGGCAGUGAUGGGAAUGAAGCUAUCUCCAGUCAGCAGGAAGAAAACAAUAGUGACUCUGUGCAGUCUGCUCAACAAAAUGGCCAAAACAUGGCCAGUGACUUGAAGAGUUCAAGUGAAUCUAGUCAAGAUGAUACUAAUGAGUUAAGUGCUCCCAGCAGCUCCAGUGACUCAACAGAUUCCAGUCAUUCAAGCAACUCUAGUGAUCCCAGGGAUCCAAGCAAUUCCAAGAAAUCCGGUGAAACAGGCAGUAGUUUGCCAUAAGCCUAACAGUGACAUCCCAAGAUAUUGAAUACUAGUAGCAGAAUCACAAAAUAAAAAAGAAGGCACUAGUCUUACACACAGGAGCCAGUGAGAGUAAUUCAUGUAAUGCAAGUGAUUAAAACUAAAUCGGUAAAUGGCAGCCACUGCAGCUGAAACCACAAGCCUCUAGCAGUAUUCUAAAAGAAAUACUGCUGAGCUAUGAAGGACUCCAUGUGCCAUAUUGAUUCACAUAUCUCACACACCGUUUCCUUGAAAAUCAGCCAUCCAAAACUGGGGUGCAUGUCUUACGCAAGGAAGCUUACUUCUACUCCAGAAUGGCAGCAGGGAGCUGUGCUACACUCCACCUCAGCCAGGUCUGAACUGUCCGGGUUUCUGAAACAGGAGCAGAGUCCCAUCGCCCCUUCACUCCUCUCCCUGCUCCAAGGCCAACACAGCUACAGUUUUACCCCUCUAACAGUCCCUGCCAAACUGGCAGUAGCUGUCUUGGCCAAGCAGCAAGGGGGAAGGGGAGUGAGGCUGAGGACAGUAUUGUAUCCAUGCUUCAUGCUCCUGGAGUGUUCUUCAGCUCUGGCUGAGUCCAUAUGGGGGCAGGGAAGACUCAGAAAAUCUUUUUCUUCAUUCUGCCUCCCCAAAACAAAGUGUGCAUCUCAUUCGGAGAGGUGUGGCAUACAAAUUAAUAUGAUAAUUUGUUUUGAUCACUGCAUAAUUUUGCCUGCAUGAACAAUUUUUAACAAUGCUUGGUUCUGAAACAAAUGAAUGAAUAUCUGCUUUUCCUACUUGCCAUCUGAGAUUCAAAUUCUGCUUUCUCAGCAACCUCAUUGACUUGAGUAUCUUUUGGAGAAGAUAUUUCUUUCAAAUCUUUUGUUUUUAGUUCAGGAGACUCCAAAAUGUUUUGAUGAAGCCAUAGAACUUUUAGCCAACACUGCAGAGUCUCAGAAUUUAUUCAAGUAUUUUUAAAUUUCUUUAGAAAAGUGUAAUCUCUUAAUCAACAUUAAAAUGAUCAUUGUUUAAUAAGCUGAAUGAAUGACACUUCUUAGCACUCCCCUUUAUAAUUUUUGCCUAUAUGUCUUUCAUAUACUCAGGUUAUUUUUCAGUUUAUGCUUGCUGAAAGACAGCAAUGUUGUACUGCUUCCAAGUAAUUUUCUGUUUAACAAAAUAUCUAGGAAGUUAGAUCUCGGAGAAAUGUUGGCUCAGGAGUAUAACUAAAGGGGGUGAGUCAGGGAUCAGC